AACUUCACAUGCACUCUUACGGGCAUGUGCGCGGCCUCCUACAGAGGGAAAUAUGAAUGGAAGAUCUGUUUUUCAUUGUCAGCAGAAAUGCAUUAAUCAAGCGUUUGUUGACUCGACUGACAAGCGAGUUGCCGAGUGAGCUUCAGGGAGAUGUUGAUAAGUCACAGUGAGAUCAAAGACACUUCAUUAUCCUUUCAGGCUUAGGACUCUCCGCCCAUUUGUGGAAUCUGACCGCGCGCAGUUUAGUCGGUGCCACCUCCCCACCCGCUGUUUGAAGUGACAAGCAGUCGUCGUCAGCACAUAAUAAUGUGCGACUUCAAUCUGUCGGGAAACCUUUCCUGAUUCGUCAGACUCGCUGUACAAUCACCACCGCCGUUCACUUAGCUCCACCGAGUAGGUCGGCCUGUUUAUGCUAUAAGGACACACCUCUCAAUCAGCCAUCGUGCACUCAAGUUGCGAAACGUGGCACAGUUAGUAUACCUAGCUAUCGGGCACACCUUUUAUCAACAUUUUUGCCACGGGAUACACCCACGCCUUGAUAAUUUGUCAACUCGGGUUUUACUUUACUCCAGAUUUUUUUCUUCUCACUCUGUGUUUGCAAGGCGAUAAAAGCAUAGAGGGAUAUCGUGUGGCUUCUCAUCAUAUGCAGUAUUCUUACGGCCCAAGGUGACCAGCAUUAUGACGACAGUAAGGUUAACAGCCGGACAGUAUCUUGUAGUUUUGGGGUUUCUGCUGGUAGUUGUGAUGAACGCAAGACCGUGCGAGUCACAGGAUAGUUUGUCUUGCACGCCCCGUCAGUAUCUAAAAUACUACGCCCAAAAGCCUGGUUGUAGACCGCAGCGUGUCACUAUCUACGGAUGCUACGGACGGUGCCAUACCUCUGAGGUACCAAGGUUGUUGCCUCCAUACAAGAUAUCUGACCACGACAUGUGCUCUUACGGGGAGACAGAGCAGAGAGAAAUCCAGCUAGACGACUGCGAUCCAGGUGUGGAUCCCACCUUCGGGUACAUUGAUGCUGUGUCCUGCGUCUGUGAGAAAUGCCGCUCCGCGUUCACCUACUGCCAGGGCAUCUGAUCCUGAGCAAUCUCGUCCAGAUCCCAGUCAAAUCAAAUCAAAACAAAAGCAGCCGUGACAAAAUCAAUUUUUCACAGCCGUUGAUCAAAGGUUAAUGACAGACACAACUUCGGAUGUGGACGGCCGGGGAGGGAAACAUGGGGGCCUGUGUUUAUUUUUGUUUUGUUUUCCGGAGAGCGUUGCAGUAACAGAUAUGUGGCUGAGAAAAGCAGCAAAUCCAUCACAGGUUUUCUUAAAGUAUCUGAAAUGUCUAAAAGGAAAAACUCCCUUUGUCUGCAAGUCUGUUCUUCAGAGAGGGAUAAAAUUUCAGCCCAGCGGAUUAAGGAAGUAUGAGCAUAUCAAUUUCUGCAAGUAGAUCCCCAUAGCUCGGCCAUAUUUGUAUGCAAUAGGAGCGCCAGAGCUCGGUCGAUGGACCCCGACAAGAAGCCUGCAAAAACUCUGAAACUGCCCUCUCCAUCUUCAUCCUUCUGUCUCGCUCGCUCGCUGUCUUCUCCCCUCGGCUGCCCCGCUACGAAAACAAGUAUUCUUGACCACUUUGAGGAAACGAAAAAACGAAAACAGCACACGUAAGCAUGACGCAGAGGUGAGUCGACGGGGAGCAGUAUAGCGAUAUUCAUCUACGCGGACGGGGAACCAAUCAGCGAACCCAAAGGAUGACGCUGAAGUCUGGAUCACGUUUAAUUCUAUACGGUCAGCCGUUUGCUACCAUUAAGCCCCUGCCUCGUACACAGAAGUGGCUCUUAAAGAAACCUCUUGCAUUACAAUAAGGCAAUGGUGGGAUGUAUUAUCCUGGUAAACAAGUUUUUCUUUUUCAGACUGAAACUCAACAAAAAAUAUAAAAAAAAUACAGUUGCUUUUUUCAAAGCCAAAUUUCCAUCCAGAAAAAAGUAUAUUAUUUUUAAGGUGUCAUUUGAAGUAAUGAAAAUAUUUAUUAUUCUUGUAUUAUUUAAUAAUAAGUCGAACCAGGUUGCUGUUUGUCGCUGGAAACUAGAUUAUUUGUAUCGGGUAGCUUAAAUUAACAGUAUUGGCUGCGACACGCGAAAGAAUCUAUUUGAGAACAGUUUUGUCAUCUAUUUUCACCUCGACGUCGCAUUUGUUAUCUGUUUUGUUCGCCAUACCAGUGUAACAGCCAUCGGCAUCCCAAAGUCGUUCUGAAAUUACCCACCCCAUCGCAUAAUACCAGUCUGCACUGCUUGGCAGUAUUUAGCGGAGGGCACGGUGCUUUCCGGUGACAUGUCGUUUUUAGGGGAAAAAAAAAAAGGCUGCCCCUUCCUCUGGACCCUAGACCUACCCCUUGGGUUACGCUACUGCUUUUAGCAGGGUACCUAUCCCCCAUUCCCCACGAAAAACAUUAGCCAUAGACUGAGUUCUCUUGUCACUUUUUAAUCAUCAAAAAUUUCCACUUACAGCAAACUACAGAAUUGUUGCAAGGGGCAUAAAGCUUGCCAUAUAUAUACAGUGGUCUUUUCCUCGUCCCGUGAAAUUCAGUGCGACUCUUUGGCAAAUGUGAAUUAAAAGAACUGAAUUAUUUUUCUCACUUUUCGUCCAGCAGGCAAUUGCAUGCCCGUGCAGUGGGCCCCCGCGUUGCUGCGGUUGAGGGCGAAAGCCCUUCAUAAAUGCACGCACAGCGUACCACUCAUCAGCACAAAAUGUGUCAGGAAAAUAACUGAAAUUGGAUUCGACGUGCAGCUCCGAGCCAAAAACCGGGGAAAGGGGAAAUAAUUCAAUUCGAUUUUUAAAAACCUGGCUAUUUCCCAAACUUCGUGCUGCUUUAGUGUGAUUUCACUCAUGAUAAUGACCAGAUAGUGUCAACAAAUUUGCAAUGCGCUCCCUGCGUGUCAGGUCGACAAGCAGAUUCCGGCCAGAAACGCAGUUUGGAAUAAUGUUUCACAGCAGUUCACUGGACACAUUUCUUUUCUUUCCGAAAUUGUAUUGUUGCCUUAUACAUGUAGAAGCCGGACUUUGUGGAAUUAUGUGUGGGAACAAAAUCUUGAUGUCAUGCACAUGGCGGUGGAAGUUAAUUCCUUAUCAGGCUUAAAACUCAAACUUUGUAAAGAUGACGAUUUAUACAGUAUUUUCGCAAAAAUUUCUACGUAAUAACAGCUUGUAGUGUCUCUACUAUCAUCUCAUAUUUUUUUCGAAUGACGAGGGCAGAUCGUUUGGAUUCCACCAACUGUGACAGAUUUUUUUUUUUUUUUGGCAAACUAAAUGCUGUCUUUGACGCAGAAGUGAUGUUAUUUUUACCAUCUGUAUUUGAUAUGGACACCGCUGCUUUUGCUUGAGUUCAUAGUCAAUGGCGAUUAUUCUUAAUGCCAAAUUUUGGAAAGACGUCAGACUCUGUCCCUUUGUUUGAGCAAACAAUGUGUAAAAUAGAACUUACGUACAUGUGUUUUAUUUUCAUUUCAACGAGGUUCACUCUGCCAUCGACAGGAGUCCCUCUUUGUCCCUCUGGGUGGGCGACCAAAAUGCAAAAGAAAAGGAAUCAUAGAAAGCAGUUGGACAUUAACUUGUGAUCAUGACAGUGAAAAUGUGAUAUUGUCAUAUUCCGGCCGGGUUAUGACCACUUAUGCAGUAGAAGACGAUGUAAUGUUAAUAUUAAAUGGGAACUGUAUUUAUUUUUACGUGCCUUUGAUGCCUUAAAAGGUAUUCCGUGUAGUGGUCGGACGCCGAUGUAGAGAGUCCUCUGUGUUCGGUGAGGACGUUUUAAGCUAAUAAUAAUUAAAUAGUUUCUUAGGACAUGAAAUGUUAGACAUUCCGUAGAAGACUCCGUGGGCGCCUCAAUAUGGCGGGGCCCCUCGUGGUUUCACUUUGUAUAAGCUAUCUGUGUUUUAUCAGAAAAAUCUUUCUAAAAGUUUAGAGAGUGUGCAAUGGUAAACGUUUUGUUUCCUGAUAGUUUUGUGGGUUUGUUGCAUCCGUUAAUAUAAAAACAUGUAGUUAUAAUUUGGGAAUCGUUGCAUUUAAACACUUGAAUUAAAGGCGUUAGAUCUCUUAACUAGUUAUAGGCCCUAUUCAGUUCUUGAAAGUUCUGAAAUAGUUGUUAGAUUAUCAGUUCAUCGUUAUCAAAUUAAAUAAAUCUGUCACUAAUUUAGCAAAAAUCAACUGAAGCAUGUUUUGAUUAAUAAAUUAUUGUCAGUUGAAAUCCCAA